CCGUACCCAGCGUGCCCCGCGCGGCGCUCCCGGAAGUGGGCGCGGGGCGCGCGGGGCCGCGCGGGUGCGGGCAGCGCCGUGGGCAUGGCGGGGCGGCAGGACAUGUUCGAUGCCAUCGUGAUGGCGGAGGAGCGGUUCCACGGGGACGGCUACCGGGAAGGCUUCGAGGACGGCAGCAGCCUGGGCCUCACCGAGGGGAGGCGGCACGGAGCCAUGCAGGGCGCCAGGAUCGGCUCCGAGAUCGGGUGCUACCGGGGCUUUGCCUGUGCGUGGCGGUAUCUGCUGGACAGCGGCGCCUCCGAGAAGGACAGGAAGAGGAAGGCCUUGGAAGCCCUCGAGGCCAUGAUCCAGAGCUUCCCCUACGGGGACCCGACACACGAGACGCUGCACGAAGACCUGGACAGAAUCCGGGGGAAGUUCAGACAGCUCUGCUCUCUGCUCAACGUGCAGCCGGACUUCAAUAUCCGCACAGAAGGUUCUGGACUCUCCUUCUGAGGAGGACCGAGAAAGGCCGAUGGGGACAGUCGCCCGUGGCAGUGGUGGCCACAAGACCGAGGCGGCAGUGCCGGGUUUACAGUGGGUGACGGGGCUCUGUGCCCGCGCCUGCCAAGCCCCUGAGGGGUGUCGGCACCCCCCGUCCCCUGCUGCUCCUGUGCCCUCGGGGCCUGUGGGCAGGAAUCGGUGAUGGACCCCAGGAAGGGGUCCCCUCCGCCCUGGUUACAUGACACGGUCCCGCUGCGGGCGGGCUGAAAGGGCGUCUUUCCUCGGCCUGCCUGCAGGUGCCGGCCCUGCGGGGACUCUGUCCCCCUUGUGCAGGGACCCCUGGCUCACGUGCUGUUCCCGGCCCUGCGCCAGGCCCCACAGCCCGUAUGGGGCCUCCCCUCACCCCAGCCCCAGCCUCUCGGGUGUGUGCACACCUCAAGGGGGGGGAGUCUGGGGGCAUCGCCCCUCCCUGAGCUUUGUCCUGGGGAGGCGCUGCCGUGGCUGCCCUGGGCCCCGUGCGCGUCUGUGACUGCAGAGAAAUAAAC